AAUCGAUACGUUUGUUCAAGUCAUCAGUUAUUGUAUUUUGCUGAAUGUGAUUCGUUUUGACAUAUUAAUCAAGCGAUUUUUCUACAAUGAGAGGAUAUUAUUUCCCGACAAUUGUCGCCCUCAUCGCCACAUUGACAGUCGUUACAUCGUUGGAUACCACAUCUGAAUGUCCUCCAGACAAAGUUGUCAGACUGUCUCAUCCUGAGAAAUGUCACUUAUACUACAUUUGUGUAAACGGCAAAAAGAUUAUUGCCCAGUGUCCUAAGGGCCUGCAAUUCAAUCCAGUUCUCCAGCAGUGCGACUGGCCGAUAUUACCUGGAAAAUGUUUCUUGAAUAACGUGGACACUCAGCCAGAUGUACCGGAUGAAAACGAGAAAACCACGGAAAAAUCCAAAAAUGAAAGAAGUACAGAAAGCAGCGCUUCUGCAUCGCCCGUCACAGAUGACAAUACACAUCCGGACGGUACAUGCUUCGGUACAUGUCCGGAUUCGGAUUCUAAAGAAGAAGUGACACAUCUUCCGGUUUACAAAGAUUGCACCAAGUUUUGCAAAUGUUCCAACGGCGAAGCAAUUCUUCAGGACUGUCCUAAAGGUCUGCAUUUUGAUAAGAAGAAUCAGAUCUGCAAUUGGCCACGAAGUGCUAAUUGUCCUUGGAAAUAUAUAUACAAUAUGGCUAUUUUAUAUAUGGCCAUAUUAGGAUGCGUUGUUGCGACUCAAUCAACAAGUGUUUCAAGAUCAGAAUUUACAAGAAGUAAAUUAUCUGUAACUUGCGAUUCCGAUAACACCUUGCAUUUGAUUCCUCAUGAGACUAUGUGCGAUUAUUACUACACUUGUUUCAACGGUAAUAUAAAUCCGAUUCCAACAAAAUGCAAAAGCAAUUUACUUUUUAAUUCAAGACUUCGCGUUUGCGAUUAUCCGGAAAAUGUUGACUGCAAUAUCAACGUAUCAUCUUACGCCGCUAUCACCUUAUUGCCAAUAUUAACAAGACCAACGCCGUCGAUUUCGCGGCCAACUUAUCCGACACGAUCAUUUGUAGAACAAUCAAUUGCAAAAGAAAUAGAUCUAACAACAAACGCUCUCGAUAAAUCUCGCAAGGUGUGUCCUCCUAAAGGAUCAACUAAAAAAACAAGAAUUGCUCACAAUUGCCACUGUGAUUUGUAUUAUGAAUGUAAAGAUGGCGAACAGAUACUUAAAACAUGUCCGAUUGGCGAGCAUUUUGAUCACAUACAAGAAGUUUGCGAUUUGAUUGAUAAAGUGAAUUGUGUUCGACCGAUAUUAAGUUACGAUCUUACAAUUAGCGAUCAUAAUAGUGAAUGUUUUCCAGCAGGCAAAACAUUUCAACAUGAGAAUAAUAGCUCUGAAUACUAUUUAUGUUUGGAAGGUAGAAAAAUUUUACAGAAUUGUGCAGCAGAGCAACACUUUUAUGUUACGCUCCAAAGAUGCGAAUAUCCGCAAAGUGCAACUUAUUUAACUUCCGAUCCAUCUAACUUUCUUGUGACAGACGCUACAAACGCUUGUCCUUCCUCGAGUUCUAAAAAGAAAGUAUUCUUGCCUCACGAGUGUUUGUGCACAAAGUAUUAUGAGUGCGUUAAAAGACGUAAACAUCUUCGAUUUUGUAAAAAAGGCCUAUAUUACGAUCGCACUUUAGAAACUUGCGUUGAUCCAGUUAAAGCUGAUUGUGAACAUAAAUAUCCAAAAGAGUGUCCGCAUGCAGGCUCAUCAAAAAAAGUAUAUUUGCCUCACGAAUGUACAUGCUUUCAAUAUUACAAGUGUGUUAAAGGACGUAAAAUUCUUCGAUUUUGUCCAGAAGGUCUAUAUUUCGAUCGUUUUCGACAGAUUUGUACUGAUCCAAACGAAGCCGAUUGCGCUGUUGGAACGUCAACAACAACAAGCACAACAUCGUCCACAAAUCCAACGACAAUAUCUACAGACACAACUAUAACAUCCACGGAUACAUCUACAACAUCUACGGAAUCAACUACACCAGAUAUAAAAUGUCCUUCAAAAGGAACUACACGGAUUCCUGACAACACAACAUGCAACGUAUAUUAUGAAUGCGUAGAUGGUAAAGCCAUAUAUAAAAAAUGCGACCUUGGCUACCAUUACGAUCAUAUACGAAAAUGUUGUGACUUAAUUGCAAGAGUGAAUUGUAUCCGACCGCUUCCGCCUUAUAUUAUAUAUAAUGAUCUUGAUCCAGCCACUUGCAUCGGUACUUGUCCUGAAGAAGAUCCUGGUUUUGGGGUUCAAUCAUGUCCCGAGCCUCUUUACUUUGAUUCUGUAGAUAAAGUAUGCAAGUACAAAAAAGACGCCGUUUGUGAUGUUCCUCCAUUUAAUCAACAUUUAGCUUCAACACAGGAUCAACUUGACGAUCAAAACGAGUUGGUUAAUUUAAUAAAUCAGGACAAGACUAGGAAAUAUGAAGCACACGAUGAGUCUGUAUCGAAAAAGACAAUUUACAAUUUGGAUCCAGCAACUUGCAUCGGCACUUGUCCUGAAGAAGAUCCCGAUGACGCAGUUUUACUUCCAAACGAAGAUUGCAAAAAGUUUUGCUUGUGUAGCAAUGGUUUUGCAUGGGUUCAAUCAUGUCCCGAGCCUCUUUACUUUGAUUCUGUAGAUAAAGUGUGCAAGUACAAAAAAGACGCCGUUUGNGCUGUUCCUCCAUUUAAUCAACAUUUAGCUUCAACACAGNAUCANCUUGACGNUCAGAACGAGUUGGNUAAUUUANUAANUCAGGAAAACACUAGGAAACAUGANGCANACGAUGAGUCNGNAUCUAAAAAGACAAUUUACAAUUUGGAUCCAGCAACUUGCAUCGGCACNUGUCCUGAAGAAGAUCCCGAUGACGCAGUUUUACUUCCAAACGAAGAUUGCAAAAAGUUUUGCUUGUGUAGCAAUGGUUUUGCAUGGGUUCAAUCAUGUCCCGAGCCUCUUUACUUUGAUUCUGUAGAUAAAGUGUGCAAGUACAAAAAAGACGCCGUUUGNGCUGUUCCUCCAUUUAAUCAACAUUUAGCUUCAACACAGNAUCANCUUGACGNUCAGAACGAGUUGGNUAAUUUANUAANUCAGGAAAACACUAGGAAACAUGANGCANACGAUGAGUCNGNAUCUAAAAAGACAAUUUACAAUUUGGAUCCAGCAACUUGCAUCGGCACNUGUCCUGAAGAAGAUCCCGAUGACGCAGUUUUACUUCCAAACGAAGAUUGCAAAAAGUUUUGCUUGUGUAGCAAUGGUUUUGCAUGGGUUCAAUCAUGUCCCGAGCCUCUUUACUUUGAUUCUGUAGAUAAAGUGUGCAAGUACAAGAAAGAUGCCUUGUGCGCAGUACGCAUGUUGUAAUGUUUUUGUUUUAAAUCGAUAUAAAUAAUAAAACAAAACAUAGCGCAUAGUGCUUAAUUUUUGUAGUAGAAUUGUCAUUGUCUUAUCUAAAUCUGAAAUUGUAAAGAAUCUGAAGUAAUACGUUCUGUUGUAUAUACUGUUAACAUUGCAUAAGUUUGCUUUUUAUAAAGUAAUAACAUUAUCAAAAAUAAACUAAUAAAUUGAA